UCUCGCCGCCGCUUUCGCUAGCUCGCUCCGCGUCUCUGCCGGAGGAGGAGGCAGUGGCGCCGGCGACAGCUACGGCAACGGCAGCCACCGCGGCGGCUGCGGCGGCGGCGGCAUCUCCGCCUCCACUCCCGCCCGGGACGGCCCCCCACGGUCUCCCCGCCCCUCCCGGACUGUGAGCCCGCCGCGAGGCGGAGGAAGGAGCCGCCCCCCACCCGCUCCAAACCCACCCCCAAAGAGAUCCCUCCUCCCCUCCCCCAGCAGCCGCUGGCGCGGAGCCGGGACGAUGCUGACCCCUUAGAUCCUGCUCCAGCUGCGCUGCGGGAAGAGGGGGCACCCCUCCCCGGACCCCCCGCCCUCCACUGGGCGCCCCCUUUCUUUCUCCCCAUCUUCGGGCCGCUUUACCGAAGGUAGCGCCGAUUCGGGCGACCGGAGCCUGGGCGCGAAGCGAAGAAGCCAGAACAAAGUGAGGGGGAGCCGGUCGGCUGGCCCGGGGGACCCGGGGACCCAGGGAAAGCGGGACUCUCGCCAGGCGGGGCUUCCCUGCGACCCGGCGCCCCGCGGGCAGCAUGCCCCUGCGGGCAGGGGGAGCUGGGCUGAACUGGCCCUCCCGGGGGCUCAGCCUGCGCCCUAGAGCCCCCCAGAUGCGCCCCCGCCGGGGCCCCCCGCUUGCGUGAGGACACCUCCUCUGAGGGGCGCCUCUCGCCCCUCUCCGGACCCCCCGGGGCCCGGCUGGUCAGAGGAUGGAUGAGGAAGAGGAUGGAGCGGGCACUGAGGAGUCGGGACAGCCCCGGAGCUUCAUGCGGUUCAACGACCUGUCAGGGUCCGGGGGCCAGCCGGGGCCGGGGUCUGCGGAAAAGGACCCAGGCAGCGCGGACUCCGAGGCGGAGGGGCUGCCGUACCCGGCUCUGGCCCCGGUGGUUUUCUUCUACUUGAGCCAGGACAGCCGCCCGCGGAGCUGGUGUCUCCGCACGGUCUGUAACCCCUGGUUUGAGCGUAUCAGCAUGUUGGUCAUUCUUCUCAACUGUGUGACCCUGGGCAUGUUCCGGCCCUGUGAGGACAUCGCCUGUGACUCCCAGCGCUGCCGGAUCCUGCAGGCCUUUGAUGACUUCAUCUUUGCCUUCUUCGCUGUGGAAAUGGUGGUGAAGAUGGUGGCCUUGGGCAUCUUUGGGAAGAAGUGUUACCUGGGAGACACUUGGAACCGGCUUGACUUUUUCAUCGUCAUUGCGGGGAUGCUGGAGUAUUCACUGGACCUGCAGAACGUCAGCUUCUCAGCUGUCAGGACAGUCCGUGUGCUGCGACCGCUCAGGGCCAUUAACCGGGUGCCCAGCAUGCGCAUCCUUGUCACGUUGCUGCUGGACACCUUGCCCAUGCUGGGCAACGUCCUGCUGCUCUGCUUCUUCGUCUUCUUCAUCUUCGGCAUCGUUGGUGUCCAGCUGUGGGCAGGGCUGCUUCGAAACCGAUGCUUCCUCCCUGAGAAUUUCAGCCUUCCCCUGAGUGUGGACCUGGAGCCCUACUACCAGACAGAGAAUGAAGACGAGAGUCCCUUCAUCUGCUCCCAGCCCCGGGAGAACGGCAUGCGGUCCUGUAGGAGCGUGCCCACGCUGCGCGGGGAGGGCGGCGGCGGCCCGCCCUGUGGUCUGGACUAUGAGGCCUACAACAGCUCCAGCAACACCACCUGUGUCAACUGGAAUCAGUAUUACACCAACUGCUCGGCUGGCGAGCACAACCCCUUCAAGGGCGCCAUCAACUUUGACAACAUUGGCUACGCCUGGAUUGCCAUCUUCCAGGUCAUCACUCUGGAGGGCUGGGUCGACAUCAUGUACUUUGUGAUGGAUGCUCAUUCCUUCUACAACUUCAUCUACUUCAUCCUCCUCAUCAUCGUGGGUUCCUUCUUCAUGAUCAACCUGUGCCUGGUGGUGAUCGCCACGCAGUUCUCAGAGACCAAGCAGCGGGAAAGCCAGCUGAUGCGGGAGCAGCGCGUGAGGUUCCUGUCUAACGCCAGCACCCUGGCUAGCUUCUCUGAGCCUGGCAGCUGCUACGAGGAGCUGCUCAAGUACCUGGUGUACAUCCUCCGCAAGGCAGCCCGCAGGUUGGCCCAGGUCUCUCGGGCUGCGGGUGUGCGGGCCGGACUGCUGAGCAGCCCAGCGGCCCUCAGGAGUCAGGAGCCCCAACCCAGUGGCAGCUGUUCUCGCUCGCACCGCCGCCUGUCCGUCCACCACCUGGUGCACCAUCACCACCACCACCACCACCACUACCACCUGGGCAACGGGACACUCAGGGCCCCCCGGGCCAGCCCAGAGAUCCAAGACAGGGAUGCCAACGGGUCCCGCAGGCUCAUGCUGCCACCACCCUCAACACCCACCCUCUCUGGGGGCCCUCCAGGGGGUGCGGAGUCUGUGCACAGCUUCUACCAUGCCGACUGCCACUUGGAACCAGUCCGCUGCCAGGCGCCCCCUCCCAGGUCCCCAUCUGAGGCAUCAGGCAGGACUGUGGGUAGCGGGAAGGUGUACCCCACUGUGCACACCAGCCCUCCACCGGAGAUGCUGAAGGAGAAGGCACUAGUAGAGGUGGCCCCCAGCUCCGGGCCCCCCACUCUCACCAGCCUCAACAUCCCACCCGGGCCCUACAGCUCCAUGCACAAGCUGCUGGAGACACAGAGUACAGGCGCCUGCCAGAGCUCCUGCAAGAUCUCCAGUCCUUGUCUGAAGGCAGACAGUGGAGCCUGUGGUCCUGACAGCUGCCCCUACUGUGCCCGGGCGGGAGCAGGGGAGCUGGAGCCUGCCGACCACGAGGUGCCUGAUUCCGACAGCGAGGCCGUUUAUGAGUUCACACAGGACGCCCAGCACGGCGACCUCCGGGACCCCCACAGCCGGCGGCGGCGGAGCCAAGGCCCGGCCACAGAGCCUGGCUCUGUGCUGGCCUUCUGGAGGCUGAUUUGUGACACCUUCCGGAAGAUUGUGGACAGCAAGUACUUUGGCCGGGGAAUCAUGAUCGCCAUCCUGGUCAAUACCCUCAGCAUGGGCAUCGAGUACCACGAGCAGCCCGAGGAGCUCACCAACGCCCUGGAAAUCAGCAACAUCGUCUUCACCAGCCUCUUUGCCCUGGAGAUGCUGCUGAAGCUGCUCGUGUAUGGUCCCUUUGGCUACAUCAAGAACCCCUACAACAUCUUCGAUGGUGUCAUCGUUGUCAUCAGCGUGUGGGAGAUCGUGGGCCAGCAGGGGGGCGGCCUGUCGGUGCUGCGGACCUUCCGCCUGAUGCGGGUGCUGAAGCUGGUGCGCUUCCUGCCUGCGCUGCAGCGGCAGCUCGUGGUGCUCAUGAAGACCAUGGACAACGUGGCCACCUUCUGCAUGCUGCUCAUGCUUUUCAUCUUCAUCUUCAGCAUCCUGGGUAUGCAUCUCUUUGGCUGCAAGUUUGCAUCUGAGCGGGAUGGGGACACGCUACCAGACCGGAAGAAUUUUGACUCCCUGCUCUGGGCCAUCGUCACCGUCUUUCAGAUCCUGACCCAGGAGGACUGGAACAAAGUCCUGUACAAUGGCAUGGCCUCCACUUCGUCCUGGGCCGCCCUUUACUUCAUUGCACUCAUGACCUUUGGCAACUACGUGCUCUUUAAUCUGCUUGUCGCCAUCCUGGUGGAGGGCUUCCAGGCAGAGGAAAUCAGCAAACGGGAAGAUGCGAGUGGACAGUUAAGCUGUAUUCAGCUGCCUGUCGACUCCCAGGGGGGAGAUGCCACCAAAUCCGAGUCAGAGCCUGAUUUCUUCUCACCCAGCGUGGAUGGCGAUGGGGACAGGAAGAAGCGCUUGGCCCUGGUGUCUCUGGGCGAGCACCCAGAGCUGCAGAAGAGCCUGUUGCCGCCCCUCAUCAUCCACACGGCUGCCACGCCCAUGUCGCUGCCCAAGAGCUCCAGCACAGGCCUGGGCGAGGCGCUGGGUCCCAGCUCCCGCCGCACCAGCAGCAGUGGGUCUGCGGAUCCUGGGGCAGUCCACGAGAUGAAGUCACCGCCCAGUGCCCGCAGCUCUCCACACAGCCCCUGGAGCGCAGCAAGCAGCUGGACCAGCAGGCGCUCCAGCCGGAACAGCCUUGGCCGCGCCCCCAGCCUGAAGCGGAGGAGCCCAAGUGGGGAGCGGAGGUCCCUGUUGUCUGGGGAGGGCCAGGAGAGCCAGGAUGAGGAGGAGAGCUCGGAAGAGGAGCGGGCCAGUCCAGCGGGCAGUGACCGUCACCACAGGGGCUCCCUGGAGCGGGAAGCCAAGAGCUCCUUCGACCUGCCGGACACCCUGCAAGUGCCGGGCUUGCACCGCACAGCCAGCGGGCGCAGCUCCGCCUCCGAGCACCAGGACUGCAAUGGCAAGUCGGCUUCCGGGCGCCUGGCCCAGGCCCUGCAGCCCGACGACCCUCCGCUGGAUGGGGAUGAUGGCGAUGACGAGGGCAACCUGAGCAAAGGGGAGAGGCUCCGAGCCUGGAUCCGAGCCCGGCUCCCUGCCUGCUGCCGCGAGCGUGAUUCCUGGUCUGCCUACAUCUUCCCUCCUCAGUCGAGGUUCCGCCUCCUGUGUCACCGGAUCAUCACCCACAAGAUGUUCGACCAUGUGGUCCUCGUCAUCAUCUUCCUCAACUGCAUCACCAUUGCCAUGGAGCGCCCCAAAAUCGACCCCCACAGCGCUGAACGCAUCUUCCUAACCCUCUCCAAUUACAUCUUCACCGCCGUCUUUCUGGCUGAAAUGACAGUGAAGGUGGUGGCGCUGGGCUGGUGCUUCGGGGAGCAGGCGUACCUGCGCAGCAGCUGGAAUGUGCUCGAUGGGCUGCUGGUGCUCAUCUCUGUCAUCGACAUCCUGGUGUCCAUGGUCUCUGACAGCGGCACCAAGAUCCUGGGCAUGCUGAGGGUGCUGCGGCUGCUGCGGACCCUGCGCCCACUCAGGGUAAUCAGCCGAGCCCAGGGGCUGAAGCUGGUGGUGGAGACGCUGAUGUCCUCUCUGAAGCCCAUCGGCAACAUCGUGGUCAUCUGUUGUGCCUUCUUCAUCAUUUUUGGCAUCCUGGGGGUGCAGCUCUUCAAAGGGAAGUUCUUCGUGUGCCAGGGGGAGGACACCAGGAACAUCACCAACAAGUCUGACUGUGCCGAGGCCAGUUACCGGUGGGUCCGGCACAAGUACAACUUCGACAACCUGGGCCAGGCCCUGAUGUCCCUGUUCGUGCUGGCCUCUAAGGAUGGUUGGGUAGACAUCAUGUAUGACGGGCUGGAUGCUGUGGGUGUGGACCAGCAGCCGAUCAUGAACCACAACCCCUGGAUGCUGCUGUACUUCAUCUCGUUCCUGCUCAUUGUGGCCUUCUUUGUCCUGAAUAUGUUUGUGGGCGUGGUGGUGGAGAACUUCCACAAGUGUCGGCAGCACCAGGAGGAGGAGGAGGCCCGGCGGCGGGAGGAGAAGCGUCUUAAGAGACUGGAGAAAAAGAGAAGGAGUAAGGAGAAGCAGAUGGCCGAUCUAAUGCUGGACGAUGUAAUUGCUUCCGGCAGCUCAGCCAGCGCUGCGUCAGAAAUAUUGAAGAGACAGAAAGGACCCCCACAUGGCUGCCUUCCGAGGCUGCUGAGGACUUGGGACUUCAGUCUGGGAACCAUUGACUAUACAGAAGCCCAGUGCAAACCCUACUAUUCCGACUACUCCCGCUUCCGGCUUCUUGUCCACCACUUGUGCACCAGCCACUACCUGGACCUUUUCAUCACAGGUGUCAUUGGGCUGAAUGUGGUCACCAUGGCCAUGGAACAUUACCAGCAGCCCCAGAUCCUGGAUGAGGCUCUGAAAAUCUGCAACUACAUCUUCACUGUCAUCUUUGUCUUGGAAUCUGUUUUCAAACUUGUGGCCUUUGGCUUCCGUCGGUUCUUCCAGGACAGGGAGCUGUGUCCUGGGCUUUCCAGGUGGAACCAGCUGGACCUGGCCAUUGUGCUGCUGUCCAUCAUGGGCAUCACGCUGGAGGAGAUCGAGGUCAAUGCCUCCUUGCCUAUCAACCCCACCAUCAUCCGCAUCAUGAGGGUGCUGCGCAUCGCCCGAGUGCUGAAGCUGCUGAAGAUGGCUGUGGGCAUGCGGGCGCUGCUGGACACGGUGAUGCAGGCCCUGCCCCAGGUGGGGAAUCUGGGACUUCUCUUCAUGUUAUUGUUUUUCAUCUUUGCAGCUCUGGGCGUGGAGCUUUUUGGAGACCUGGAGUGUGAUGAGACACACCCUUGUGAGGGCCUGGGCCGGCAUGCCACCUUUCGUAACUUUGGCAUGGCCUUCCUGACCCUCUUCCGAGUCUCCACAGGUGACAACUGGAAUGGCAUUAUGAAGGACACCCUCCGGGACUGUGACCAGGAGUCCACCUGCUACAACACGGUCAUCUCGCCCAUCUACUUCGUGUCCUUCGUGCUCACGGCCCAGUUCGUGCUGGUCAACGUGGUGAUCGCCGUGCUGAUGAAGCACCUGGAGGAGAGCAACAAGGAGGCCAAGGAGGAGGCCGAGCUGGAGGCCGAGCUGGAGCUGGAGAUGAAGACCCUGAGCCCACAGCCCCACUCGCCGCUCGGCAGCCCCUUCCUCUGGCCUGGGGUGGAGGGCCCUGACAGCCCUGACAGCCCCAAGCCUGGGGUUCCACACGCUGCGACCCAGGCAGGGGCAGCCUUCCACUUCUCCCUCGAGCACCCCACGGAUAGACAGCUGUUUGACACCAUCUCCCUGCUGAUCCAGGGCUCCCUGGAAGGGGAGCUGAAGCUGAUGGACGAGCUGGCAGGCCCAGGGGGCCAGCCCUCUGCCUUCCCUUCCGCCCCCAGCCCGGGUGGCUCCGACCCACAGAUCCCUCUAGCUGAGAUGGAGGCUCUGUCUCUGACGUCAGAGAUUGUGUCUGAACCGUCCUGCUCUCUAGCUCUGACGGAUGACUCUUUGCCUGAUGACACUCACACACUCUUACUUAGUGCCCCGGAGAGCAAUAUGGAGCCCAACCCCGAGGAGGUACCUGUCACACUGGGAUCCGACCUGUUGACUGUGAGGAAGUCUGGGGUCAGCCGGACGCACUCUCUGCCCAAUGACAGCUACAUGUGCCGGGAUGGGAGCGCCGCUGAGGGGCCCCCGGGACACAGGGGCUGGGGACUCCCCAAAGCCCAGUCAGGCUCCAUCUUAUCUGUUCACUCCCAGCCAGCAGACACCACCUACAUCCCGCAGCUUCCUAAAGAUGUGCCCCAUCUGCUCCAGCCUCACAGUGCCCCCACCUGGGGCACCAUCCCUAAACUGCCCCCUCCGGCUCGUUCCCCUUUGGCUCAGAGGCCACUCAGGCGCCAGGCAGCAAUAAGGACUGAUUCCUUGGAUGUGCAGGGCCUGGGCAGCCAGGAAGACCUGCUGUCGGAGGUGAGUGGAGCCCCCCCGCCUCUGGCCCGGUCCUCCUCCUUCUGGGGCCAGUCCAGCAUCCAGGUGCAGCAGCAUUCCCGCAUUCAAAGCAAGCUCUCGAAGCACAUGCCCCUGCCAGCCCUUUGCCCAGGCCCAGAACCCAACCAGAGCAAGGGCCCUCCGGAGACCAGAAGCAGCUUAGAGCUGGACACAGAACUGAGCUGGAUUUCAGGAGACCUGCUGCCCCUCGGCAGCCAGGAGCCCCUAUCCACACGGGACUUAAAGAAGUGCUACAGUGUGGAGUCCCAGAGUGGCCGGCGACGGCCUGCAUCCUGGCUGGAUGAACAGAGAAGACACUCCAUUGCAGUCAGCUGCCUGGACAGCGGCUCCCAACCCCACCUGGGCCCAAGCCCCUCGACCCUCGGGGGUCAGCCUCUUGGGGGCCCUGGGAGCCGGCCCAAGAAAAAACUCAGCCCACCCAGUAUCUCCAUAGACCCCCCGGAGAUCCAGGGCCCACGGCCCCCACCUAGCCCUGGCGUCUGCCUGCGGAGGCGGGCUCCAUCCAGUGACUCCAAGGAUCCCUCGGCCUCUGGCCUCCCUGACAGCAUGGCUGCCUCACCCUCCCCAAAGAAAGAUGUGCUGAGUCUCUCCGGUUUGUCCUCUGACCCGGCAGACCUGGACCCCUGAGUCUCACCUGCUCUCUCACUCACCUUUCUCCAUUGGGUGCGAAUCCUAGCUCCUCCUCCUGGGCCAUAUUCCUGAAAAAGUCCCAUAGAGACACCAAGGAGGUGCUCCUGCCUGCCUCCAUGGCUCUGGGUACCUGCAAGCAGGACUUCCAGAGUCCAAAGCCGCAGCCCUGGCGACUUGGCUCCAGGCAGAGAGAGAAAGAGAGAGAGAGAUGCCCAGCACGGCGAGGUUCCAGACACCAGGAGCUGUUGGGAGAAAGCAAUACGUUUGUGCAGAAUCUCUAUGUAUAUUCUAUUUUAUUAAAUUAAUUGAAUCUAGUAUAUGUGGGAUGUACGACAUUUUGUGACUGAAGAGACUUGUUUCCUUCUACUUUUAUGUGUCUCAGAAUAUUUUUGAGGCGAAGGCGUCUGUCUCUUGGCUAUUUUAACCUAAAAUAACCAGUCUAGUUAUAUUCCCUCUUCUUGCAAAGCACAAGCUGGGACCGAGAGUGCAUCAUAGCCCCGACGGUGACCCAUCUUCAGCGGAGAGCGAGAACCAUUUUGGAAACUGUAAUGUAACUUAUUUUCUCCUUUAAUCUCGUCAUCAUUUUCUGUAGGAAAAAAAAAAAAAAGAGAAAAAGAAGAAAAAAAAAAAGAAAAAAAAUGAGAUUUUACAA